AACCACUUUCUGUUGUACACUUAUUCUGUGAUUAUACUUCUUGAUUAUUAUAUUGCGCUUUUUUUUUUUUUUUUUUUUAAAUUGAAAGCUUUGCAGCAAAGUGUUUGCUUUGGAAGAGAGUCAUGGAUUCUUCCCAUUUGAGAAUUGGUUGAUCUUUUCUAGAACUGUGAGCCAAAAGUCAAUGAACAAACAAGGUAGUAAUAGAAAUACUAUGCAUUUACAAAAUAAGAACAUUGACAGAUUAGCUUUUGCACAGUUUUCUUGAUGCCCUUAGUGUUUGGAUGCUUUUAAAAGAAAAAUGUAAGCCUUUUCUGGGUUUGAAAGUAGUAGUGCAUUGUUUUGUUUUUUUAAAUAGCAUUUUUUUCCCCCCAAAGAGCAUGUAAUGGAAGAAUCAGUAAGCAUUUGUAAGUUGUAUUUUUUACUUCCUAGAGUUGUGUUGGAUUUACAGGCAUUUGCAUGUAGUCUGUGUCCAAAUUGAUUGAACUGAAAUGUAAUAAAGAAGAAGGUAUGUGUGAUUGCAUCUGGUUAUUCUGAAUGCAGUUUUCUAUAACAGCUAGAGAAAAGGUGAAAGGUGAGUUUUUAUGAGAACUAAAAUGAUACUCCAGAAAUCCAUUAUUAAAUUUAAAACGUUAGAAUGGCCGAUCUUCACCCAUUUAAAGUUGACUUGAUUUUGUAAUGUGCCCUGCCAAAUGGCUUACUUCCUACCCUUGCACCCCUCUCUUACUAUUGAUCCUGGUCACUUUUUGAAGAUUUAUGGAGAAGUAUUACCUUGUUCUCAUCUCAGUGAUACCACGAGGUUUUCCACAUUAUUGGAUUACUGGAGGAUUGUGGCAGACCCCUUUUUAUCUGACAUUCAUUGCAUGACAAGAUUUUUCACACAUGCCCUUCCCCCACCUAGGUCCAGCUUAUUUUCACUCUGCCUUACCUAUCAAAUUUUUCUGAAUUCUCUUCUUGGUGUGGGAGCAUGGGGUGUUGGGGCUGGGGGUGGGGAGUCCACUACCCAUACAACUGUUUCUUGGUUAAGUGUUUUGGAGGGGGGUGCUUGAUUAAACAAUGCCUCUAAUCAAAUUUGUCUCUAAGAGACUCUCUUCCUUUUCUUUUUCUCUAUUAACUAGCUUUAUGCUUCCCUCUCCUCUACCAUUUUGUCCCUUACCAAGACCCAUGCAUCAACUAUGUUAUAACCCGAAGUUUCACUGCGGCUGGGGCUACAGCGUAUGUCAUGAGUUAUGCAGUUUAUUGGCUACUUCGUUCUGAACUUGCUUUUCAUUCUGCAGUGAGAGCUUCUUAACCAAACUUCAGUGCCUUGAAAUACAACACAACCAAAUACUCCCCCUCCCCCCAAUAAAAUAACCUUCUUUGCUGCAUUAUCUGCACUCCAUUAAGGAUCUGAUCAGAUGUUCAGAUUGUCUGAUGGGUGCAUUUAAAAGUGAAAAGGGGCUCCCAUGGGACUACUCAGGUGUAUCUCCCUCCUGACCCUGAUGGGGUGGAGGAUGAACUCUGAUCUGACUGGGGAGCAUUAGCUCUUGCUUGUUUUCUGAUUGAUUCUCCGGCUCUGGGUGGGUGAGGAGCUGUGAAGCAGCUCAGGCCGAGAUUGAUUGCCUCAAUUUCAAAUUCCCACCUCCAAAAUAGACUCUCAGAUGUACACAUAGGGAACCCCUUCCCCCAACACAAUUUCUGGAGGUGGAGCAGGUGUCUAAGAGUCACUUGUAGCUACCAAUCACAAGUGGUCCUUCUUAUCACAGUGAUGCUGGCAGCACAAGUCUUCUGCUGGGACACUUUCAAGCCCAGGGAAAGAUAUUUUCUGUUGAUGUGGGUUGGGGAGGGGUGGAAUUUCAGAGUAUUGGGGCCAGAAAAGAGAGGAACAAGAACUAACACUCGUGGUUGAUCUGGAAGACUGCGCAACAGCUGUGAGGGCUCAAAUGGGUUUGUUUUGCAAAUUGUGGCAAUUCGGCUGGAGGUGAGAUGGUGAAUGUCUCAUUGUUAUGCUCUGCCAAAAAGGGAGCUCUUGAUCCCUUCUGACCUUGACAGCACCUCCAAAAUGUUCAGUCUGGCCCUGGAACGGGGAACUGCAGUUGGCUAGUCUGGAUUCCUCCCCUUUUCUUGGAGGAGGGGCAGUUUGGGAUAUGUAAGCAACCCUCGGCCAGCUUUGGGGUCCCUCGUGCCCACUUGCUGCCCCCAUCCUGGGGCCUGAGCCCCCACCUCCUCCAUCCCUUUCGGUUUCUUCCCUGCAGCCUGUGCCUCUUCCCUCUCCCUCUCUCCCUCUCCCACUUUUCCUCCCUCUCGCGCUCCGUCUCACACGCACCCUCUGUUUAUUUUCCUGCCUCCAUCUGGGCCCUGCUGAUAUUGUAAUCACCCUGAUGCACGUUGGCUUCUCUCCUCUCCCUCCUGCGCUCACACACUCACUCACACACAAUGUGCCAUCCUGACAAGCCUUUUACUUCUGAUAAGCUCCGAUGUGUGUUUAAUGAAUACAAAGCCGCGGUCUGGGUGCCGCCUCGGCUGCGGCCGCUCUCCUGCGCUCCUUUGCCAGAAGAUCGGACUGAGAAGCACUCCACGAUGCCAGACUCACCUGUGGAUGUGAAGACCCCGUCUAGGCUGACUCCUCCCACCAUGCCGCCUCCCCCCACAACUCAAGGAGCUCCGAGAACCAGUUCAUUUACACCGACGACUCUAACUAAUGGCACGAGCCAUUCACCCACAGCCUUGAAUGGCGCCCCCUCGCCGCCCAAUGGCUUUAGCAAUGGGCCCUCCUCUUCUUCCUCUUCUUCUCUGGCUAAUCAACAGCUGCCCCCAGCCUGUGGCGCCAGGCAGCUCAGUAAGCUGAAACGGUUCCUUACUACCCUGCAGCAGUUUGGCAAUGACAUUUCUCCAGAGAUAGGAGAAAGAGUUCGCACCCUCGUACUAGGACUGGUGAACUCUACUUUGACAAUUGAAGAAUUUCAUUCCAAACUGCAAGAAGCUACUAACUUCCCACUGCGACCUUUUGUCAUCCCAUUUCUGAAGGCCAACUUGCCCCUGCUGCAGCGCGAGCUCCUGCACUGCGCAAGGCUGGCCAAACAGAACCCUGCCCAGUACCUCGCCCAGCAUGAACAGCUGCUUCUGGAUGCCAGCACCACCUCACCUGUUGACUCCUCAGAGCUGCUUCUCGAUGUGAACGAAAACGGGAAGAGGCGAACUCCAGACAGAACCAAAGAAAAUGGCUUUGACAGAGAGCCUUUGCACUCAGAACAUCCAAGCAAGCGACCAUGCACUAUUAGCCCAGGCCAACGGUACAGUCCAAAUAACGGCUUAUCCUACCAGCCCAAUGGCCUGCCUCACCCCACCCCACCUCCACCUCAGCAUUACCGUUUGGAUGAUAUGGCCAUUGCCCACCACUACAGGGACUCCUAUCGACACCCCAGCCACAGGGACCUCAGGGACAGAAACAGACCUAUGGGGUUGCAUGGCACACGCCAAGAAGAAAUGAUUGAUCACAGACUAACAGACAGAGAAUGGGCAGAGGAGUGGAAACAUCUUGAUCAUCUGUUGAACUGCAUCAUGGACAUGGUGGAGAAGACGCGGCGGUCCCUCACUGUACUGCGGCGGUGUCAGGAGGCCGACCGCGAGGAGCUGAAUUACUGGAUCCGGCGCUACAGCGACGCUGAGGACUUGAAGAAAGGCGGCGGCGGCGGCGGCGGCCACUCCCGGCAGCAGAGCCCCGUCAACCCGGACCCGGUCGCGCUAGAUGCGCAUCGGGAAUUCCUUCACAGGCCUGCUUCUGGAUACGUGCCAGAGGAGAUCUGGAAGAAAGCUGAGGAGGCGGUCAACGAGGUGAAGCGCCAGGCGAUGACCGAGCUGCAGAAGGCCGUGUCGGAGGCCGAGCGGAAAGCCCAUGACAUGAUCACAACUGAACGCGCCAAGAUGGAGCGCACGGUGGCGGAGGCCAAGCGGCAGGCGGCGGAGGACGCGCUGGCCGUCAUCAAUCAGCAGGAGGAUUCGAGCGAGAGUUGCUGGAAUUGUGGCCGCAAAGCAAGUGAAACCUGCAGCGGCUGUAACACGGCCCGGUACUGUGGCUCAUUUUGCCAGCACAAAGACUGGGAGAAGCACCACCACAUCUGCGGACAGACCCUGCAGGCCCAGCAGCAGGGGGACACGCCUGCGGUCAGCUCCUCCGUCACGCCCAACAGUGGGGCCGGGAGCCCCAUGGACACACCACCAGCAGCCACCCCGAGGUCGACCACCCCGGGGACCCCUUCGACCAUAGAGACAACCCCUCGCUAGACGUGAACUCAGAACUGUCCGAGGAAAGACAACACAACCAACAUGAAACCAAUUCCUCAUCCUCAGAUGCUCAAAGUUGUUUUUUUGUUUGUUUAUAGAUGAACUAUCCUAUUUCAGUACUUCAGCAAGAGAGAACCUAACUGUAUCUUGAGGCAGUAGUAAAACCAGAGGGCCAGUAACGGGUCGUAAUGACUUAUUGUGGAUAACAAAGAUAUCUUUUCCUUAGAGAACUGAAAAGAGAGCAGAGAAUAUAACAUGAAAUGAUAGAUUUGACCUCCUCCCUGUUAUUUUCCAGUAGCUGGGAUUUUAAACUAGGUGACCUCAUUAACCGAUGCUUUACCAAACAGCAAACCAAGAGAUUGCUAAUUGCUGUUGAAAGCAAAAAUGCUAAUAUUAAAAGUCACAAUGUUCUUUAUAUACAAUAAUGGAAAAAAAAAAAAAGAGGAACACCCUCAAGGGCAUGAGCAUUGGCUACAGCGGUAGACAUUUUAACAAGAAGAUGAAUGGCGUCCGUGGGUUGCUAACUGAACUUUGAAGACCCGCUACAAAACGCGCAGAUGUGUAGCAUAUUGGAAGGAGACACAGAUGUUCGUUUUUUUUUUUUCCUGUUUCUGAAAAGAAAUAAUAUCCAGGUCAACAGAAUGAAAAAUGAAAGAUGAUUUGCAGUGGGAUGUAUGAAUACAGCAGCAAGAAAAAAAAAUGCCAUAGUACAAAAGGCUCCUUUUUAUAUAUAUAUAUAC